AUGCGGACAUCUCAAGCCGAGCUGGAUGAAACCAGUGUUUCCCCAGUUCUCGAGACUCGCCAGACCACGCUCCACGCCACCACCCGCCGCUUCUCGAUCCCACCUGACCAACAUCAGACUCAUCAGGACAAUCUCCGCUGUCCACAUGGCGAAUCAAUCUAG